ACAAAAUACAAAUUUAUUUGUCAAAAUAAAAUACUGAGUUGAAGACUUAAAAUUUUUUUUAGGUUCAUCAUUGUUAUUUAAUUUUUUCCAAUUGCCCUAUUUGUUUCUACCAAACAUAAGUAGUGAAUAGUGAUAUUCAUUUGAAGAUAUUAUUUAGUUCGAAGAAUACCUCAGCCAUACCUAUUGUUAACACAUUUCACAAUACAACAAUAGCUGUUCUUUCUGUGACCGUAUUUUAGUGAGUGUAGUUCAGCUUGUUGCUAGCAUACAUAGUUGACCUUAAGGCAUUACUGUUAUUGUAUCUGUAAUCUGUAUGCUGUAUGUUGUGUAACAGCGCCAAAAUAUCAGGCCAAGCGGAUAGCGAUGCCAAGUUUUUUGUCACGAUGCUAAGUAAUGUGUACGAAAUCAAUUAAUUACAUACUCAAAUGUUUAUAUAAAAAAAAGCUUGCCAUUACUUCAUCUUAGAAGACGAUUCAUCAUUAAUUGGAGGUAGUAUUCGUUCAAUAACUGUUAAAUUGGAAUUACGACCAUUUUCAUGGAUUAGGUUUGUGUUGCCUGAAGUGAUUUACCAGCACACAUUGUAUGAAGUGGUCUUAUAAGAAUAUCUUAUAUAUAGGAUGUCAACAACAUAGUAUCCUAGGCUGCUUGGUGUCUAUUAUCAAAUGAUAAAAUGAGUGAGGAGCCACAUGAUGAAGGAGGAAAUAAAAGUCCAUCACUCUCUAGAGCAGAGGCAGUCACUGUUGGAGCUGAGUGUGGAGCUCAUGUCAAUGCCUCUACUAAUGUAUCACAGACCAAUAUUACACAGGUGACAGGAAGUGCAGACAACAAUUUAAAAUGGAGAUGUGAAGUGUGUACAUAUGAAAACUUCCCAAUGUCAAGAAAGUGUACAAUGUGUCGCACCAACAAGCCGUCACUAGGAGAAGAUAUCUUUAAAUUGCAAGAUGGAGCAAGUGCACUACCCACUCAGGAUGAAUGUGGCGCGGAGGCUGUCACAGAAAGGCUAAAGCCCUUAAGGAUAUCGUCUCCCCAGGGCCAGGCAAGUGCCUCGUCCAUCAAUAAGUGGUCAUGUCUGACGUGUACGUACGAGAACUGGCCUCGGUCGCUCAAGUGUGCGAUGUGUGGUGCCCCGCCCUCCGCCAACGCGUCUGCGCCCGUCACACAGACUCCGCACGCGCAAUCCAACGACGCGAUGAGCCCCGCGCCGCCCGGUAUUAACGAUAUAUGCAACAGUCAGCAGCACAUACACGAUUUAGAUCCCAACGGGCGGCGAUCCAAACGAAGAAACAAUAUUGACUGGAAUUGGCUACAGGCGUGUCUAGGUGUUGUAGAAGGGGACUCGAGGUGCGUGGAGGCCUAUCUUCGCGGCGGCGGGAAUCCCUCACGUGCCCUCACCGCCCACGAGGUCGCCCUGCUCGAUCGGGCAUCCGCCUUUGAUCCAGGACACACCCUCAUACACUUGGCUAUCAGGUUUCAGAGACAAGAGAUAUUAACGACGCUCCUGUCGCGGAUAUCCGGUGGAGGCCCGGGCUUAAAGAGAUCACCUUCAUAUGUCGCUCCGGACCUAGCGUCGUCAAUUCGGAGACACAUGGCGGGUUGUAUCCGGCAUAAGAAGGGAAACUUUCCGUGUCGUUACUUCAAUGAGUUCUGCACCUUCUCACUUCCCGCAGAGAUAGAAGAGCUACCAGCGCCGAUACAAGACCAGCUGUUCAUGGAAUUGUUGGACAAGGAGGCACAACAGACUCUGGAAGCCGACCCACCACUCAUCAAUUGGAGUGGAGAGCUUACCCUCACAUUAGGGUCCCGUCUGUAUGCGUUGUGGAACCGGUCAGCGGGCGACUGUCUGCUAGACGCCGUGUGUCAGGCCGCGUACGGCGUCUUUGACCGCGCCAACCUGAUACGAGCGGCACUUGCGGACACAUUACACCACGCCCAUCGGAGCCUGUACUCCCGCUGGGCGGGCUGGGAGCGUUGGGUAGCGUCGCAGCUGCAGUACGCGCCCGAGGAGGCGCAGCUGCGGGCCGAGUGGGGCCGCCUGGUGGCCGCAGCCGCGAGACCUGGCACCGCGCUGCAUCAGCUUCACGUGUUCGUGCUAGCGCACGUGAUGCGUCGGCCUAUUAUCGUGUAUGGAGUGGACGUCGUCAAUUCAUUCCGGGGUGAGGCACUCGGAUACGCACGCUUUCAGGGUAUAUACUUGCCGCUGCUGUGGGAGCCUGAGUUCUGUGAGAAGUCUCCACUGUGCCUGGGCUACACGAGAGGCCACUUCUCCGCGCUCGUGCCGGUCGAGCCGUACUCGCAUAGACACCACUACAUCUGCCGAGACCAAGAACAAGAGGAGGAUAGUGCAGAAAUGACGUUCCUUCCCCUGACUGACUCUGAAGGGAAGCUUCUCCCUGUUCAUUUCCUCACCUGCGAUGAGAUGGCCGACGAGGAGGGCGUGGUGCGGCGCUGGACCUGCGCCGGCGUCACCGCGGGGGGCGUGUUGGCCGCCCGCCAGCUGCACGCGCGGCCGCUGCUGCAGGCACAGAUGUUGGAGGAGUGGCUCAACCACUACCGCCGGCUGGCGCAACAGACCCGUGGACCGUUUCCUCCACGGCUUCACACCGCCGACUUUUCCAGCGACGCCGAUACCGACGACGAGUAACACAGGCAUACAAACAAAAAAUAAAAUAUUUUGGAAUGUUACUUUGUAAAUUACAAAUUAUUGAUGAGAUUUUCAGAAAUGGAUAUUAACACAUUAUGGCCUUGUAAUUUAUGAACAAUGCAAAACUUAGAAUUUUUACAAAAUUAAAAAAAAAAAUUUUUAAAUAAAUGCUUGAAUUUAGCUCGAAUAUGCGCGCCUUAGUAGACCCUUUGCUAAUUACGAUACUUACAGAAGACUUAUAUACUCACCCGAAUGUCGAGUUUGAGUAUUAAAGUUAAAUUCCUUUUUUUUUAAUACUCGAAAGAUAAUAAAAUUUUAUUAGUGUAGUCAUAUAAAUAUUAUAUACAUAUAUGGAGAGUUCCGUAGAGAAGCAAAAUUCAACGAAAUCAUUCAAUAAAACUUGGGAUUUCGAGAUAUUUUUUCCAAAUAUAAUCAUUUUGAAUUUAAUUCUCACGUGCUCUUUAAUUUACUCUGUUUUAACAAUUUGUUAUUUUUUGAGAGUGAUAACCCUCACUUCUGGCAUUAAUUACGCAAAUUAAAUUUAAAAACGCAAUUUAUGAACGAUGCGGGACUCGAGCCCGUGACUUCUCGCGUUCCGUGCGAGCUCUCUUACCACUGAGUCAACCGUUGGUUUCAAAUUUAAUUUGUGUAAUUACAAUUUAACAAAUUAAAAAAAAUGUUUUAGAGCGUAUUCUCAAAUGAAGUAAGCGCCUAGUGAUUAAUUAUUAUUAAAUAAUAUUAAAAUAGUCUAACAUAAGUACGUUGGUGUUGUCCAUGGACUUUAAUAUAUUUUUUCACUUAAGCAAUAUGGCAACACUGGCUUGGCGUGUCACAUGAAAGCAUAGGAAAAGUUAUUUAAAUUAUUAAUAUAAUAUUCCAAUGAACUUGUUGUUAAAAGUUAAUAUUAUGCAUUGUGGCUUACAUCUCGAAAUUUAUAAGAUUUUUUUUUAAAUAUAAAUUAAAAUUCUUAAAUUACAUUUUUGUUUUAUGUACAAAUACCAUAAUUAAAUUCCGUCGUCUCUACGUUAAAUUAAUAUUGUAUUAUGUACUUUCAAAAUAUUUAACUUGACUUAAAAUAAAAAUAAAAACAUUUUUUUUUCUCUUUUUAAAAGAGCUUGGCUAGGCAAUUGUCAUAUGCAAAGAUGAUGUAAAUACUACGUAAUAAGAGGCGGGAAUGCCUGGGUAAAAAUAGAACUUUAGUUUAGUAUGAAACGUGCAGUGAUUUGACAUAAGUUUGAAAUAGUAAUUACAAUAUUAUGGCGUCGAAGUAUAAGCCGGCUAAGUUUGAAAGUAGUAAAAACGUAGUGGAUUUCGGCUAUCUCCGGUUUUUUACAAGAUUAUAGCCGUCAUCUUUCGGUCUGUGACUGCACGUUUCAGACAAUAUACCGCUGGAUGCAAGAAUGCGGGACAGUAUAACAUUGAUAUCCACUAAUAUGAAAAAACAAACUAUAGUAUAUGUUCAUGAUUGAAGUGUUACAUUAGAAUUAUUCCUUCAUCAAUAUUUUUGAUGAUAAUUUUAUUCCGAGCAAGAUAUUAUUUGUUGUUGUGACGUCAUUGUACACGUUCACUAAGCGCCGAAAUAGCGGGUCUCUGUCCUCGUCAACUGGCUAUUUUUAACAACUAUUGUAAAUAUAUACUUUAUUUUGUAUUUUUUCAUGAUUACGGAAAGUAUCGAAGAAAAAUGUAAAAAAUAUGGAUUUCCCUUAUUGUAGCAGCUCUAAGCUGUCGAAGAUUCUCGACUGCGUUAAAUAUUUAUUUAAUAUAAUAAGUUCAAUAUAUAUAUAUAUAUUAUAUAUAACCACAAGAGGCGCUGUAAAUUGUUUCAUAAUUAAUUAAUUUAUACGUCUAGAUAAACUGACAGCUGUGAACACGUAAAAAGAUAGCGGCAAACUGUUAAGAUCUAUUUUCAGUAACAGGCCUGUCUCAAUCCCCGUGUAGGUAUCGAAAUCGCAAGUACGUGCGGCGGCCUCUACAGAGUAGGCCAGCCAGUAGGGACUCACGGCGAACUUUGUUGUCACCUAUAUUUGGACAUAAUUCAUUAUUAAGGCGAUAUUUGGACGUAAUUCCAGUAAAACGUUCCUAACCACAAUUAUGUUGAAAUUGAGUUAAGAACGCAAAACUGGUCAUGUGAUUUAUAUUAACGGUCUAACAAAAAAGGGCAGCCCUACUGACUUAAAUGACAUCAUGACUUUGUAGUAUGGAAUACGCUAAUAUUAAUUAAACUUUAAACUCUAAUUUCUUAAAAUGUGAUGUUCAUUUUGGCUUGGAACGUUGUUCAGGAACUACGUCCAUUUUAAAAAUGGACAAACGUAAAUAAAGCAAAGCUAUUAACUAAAGGUCCAAAUUUUAAUUUAUUUAUAAUAUAGAAAAACGGAGUUUUUUAUAAGAUCACCUUAUACUAGGUAAAGAAGUCAACCCUAAUGUCGUCAGAAGAGUUAAGAGUCACGCGAUAGAUAGAGAGGCAACUUCUAGGUGAAUUAAAAUUUAGGCUAACAGCGCUUUGUGAUCUGAAUUACACCUUAUUUUAUGACCGCUAGAGUUCCUAUUUCUUUAAUUGAUAUUGCGGAGUGAGACUUAUGGUACUUGUACUAUUAUAUAUUCUUUGCCUGUACACUUAAUUUAUAAACCCGGCUUGUUGUCAUGCGCUACCUAACUGCAAGAGGCUCUGUCUAGACGUACAAAUUAUCUAAGAGCUAUUACAUAAUUUUCUUUAUCGUGAAAGUGUCAGUAUUGACGAACGCUCAAAAUUCAAUAAUACGAUUAUAUUUCAAAAUUGUGUUGUACAGAUAGUUUAAAUUCAUUAUAUUUAUUGUUUUUCACCGAUAUAUGUAAAUAAAUUUUUGCGAUAGCGUCGCCUAUUUGUAGAUAUUGCUUCGAGCUGAUUGGCGCAUUUGUGAAAUCAAGAAAUACUUAGAUCGAGUUUUAUUUAGUUAACUGAAAAAUGGUGCAGCCUGGUUGUGCUUCUAUAAAUUAAUGUACGGCGGCAGAUAUUUGAACUUUAAUGUCAAUUGCUGUAUCUAAGUAUUUGUUGAGUCAAUAUGAAUGGACAAAAGUAUUUAUGAAAUAUAAAUAGGUUAUCCAAUUUAUGGAAUUACUUGUACACGGGUGUCAAAUAUUUUUCGUACAGAAGGAAUUCUCUGGUUGGAUAAAAUUGGGGAUUCGUCACGAGGUAUAUAUAAUAAUAGGGUUCUCUAGAUCUAGUUCAAUUAAUGCUACUAACAGUAAGGGCAAAUAUGCAAUAUGUAAUAUUUAAUUAUUAUUCACAUUUAGAGACACUACACCUACGUCAGUGACAACGCAUUUCAAUUAUUGUGUGUGUAUAUUCGGCUAAGUGUUGUUUUUUAUCAAUUCGACACGUGUUUCGUCUUUACACGAGGUAUCCUCAGGAGAUGUUGACUCGCCAAAUUCUGGCGUAGUCUCUUAUCAGAAUUUGGCGCGUUAAAAUCUCUCGAGGAUGUCCCGUUUAGAGUUGUUAGAGUAUUCUGACAGUCACGUGCAAGAAUUUGGCGAGUCAACAUCUCCUGAUGAUGCCUUGUGUAGAGGCGAAACACGUGUCGAAUUGAUCAAAGAUAAAACAUAGUGGAAUUUAAAAAUAAUGGAUAAAUAUGGAUUUCCAAAUUCAAAAAGAUUUUUAACAGUAUCAAAAUCAAAAAAAAAUACCGAAAAUUUUAUUUUUGUUGUUGAUUUUUAAAUUUUCACAGCUGACAUUUGUCGAGGCUUAGCACCCAAGACCGUGUGGUGUCUGUAGAUGUAAAAGAGGCUUUACUCUGUCUUAACAUUUUUUAAUAAGUUAGUUUUCACUGUAGGAAAUACCGCAGUAAAGUAGCAGGCUUUAGACUGCACUAGGCUAUGUCAUAUUUUGUUGUAUGAUGGUACUAAAUCUCGCGACAACAUUACUCAGUGUGUCGGCGCCCUUACCAACUCUUUAUUUUUUUAAUGUAAUCUAAUUGGCUUUUCGCAUUUUGUUUUAGUAAUUUAGGUGUAUUCUAGAAGUUUGUAAAUAAACUGGCGGGUUUUUCUUUCACACUAUGUGUAAUGGUUGAAAUUUUUGUGUUAAUAAAGCGUACAAGUUUAUUUUUAAAUUAUGCAUCUAUAUCUACAGGUUAAAAAUCAAUAAAGCACUUAUUUUAUGAAGCGUU